AUGCCGGGCUUUGACAUCCAUCACCAGCCCGAGUCGCUCUUCCUUUCGGCUUCCUUUGGCGUACUCCACCCCGCGCCUAACGACGUUGCGACAUGCCCGCCUCUAUGCUACCGGAAAGCUCGAUCUACCCGCGCUCGACCGCAAAUGGCGGGAGUCGUGGGCAUCGUCCCAGCCGAAGCCUCCUCCGAUACAACCGACGCUCGAUUCGUCCUACCCAUGUUUCCCUACCCUUCGGGGAAUCUCCACCUCGGCCACUUGCGAGUAUACACGAUUGCCGACGUCGUCGCCCGCUUCCAAAGGCUUCAGGGCUCCGAUGUCUUGCUCACCAUGGGCUGGGACGCCUUUGGGCUGCCCGCCGAGAAUGCGGCACUGGCCCGGGGCCUUCCACCUGCCGGCUGGACAAAAGACAAUAUACAAAAGAUGAAGGAUCAGCUAGAGCACAUGAAUGGGAGCUGGGAUUGGAGUAGGGAAGUCACCACAUGCGAUCCCGAGUUUUACAAGCAUACCCAGAAACUCUUUCUCAUGCUGCAUGAGCGUGGGCUUGCCUACCAGGCUGAGGCAGAAGUAAACUAUGACCCCGUGGAUAAAACCGUGGUGGCCAACGAACAAGUCGACGCCAAUGGCUGUUCCUGGCGAUCGGGAGCCAAGGUCGAGAAACGGAAGCUUAAGCAAUGGUUCCUUCGAAUUUCCGAGUAUCGAGAGGCCCUCCUUCGAGACCUCUCCAUUCUGGAGAAAGACGGCGCUUGGCCCGAGAGAGUCCUGUCCAUGCAGAAGAAUUGGCUUGGAAAAUCGACCGGCGCGAUGAUCAAAUUUCCUGUCAUGGCCUUGGGCCAUGAUAUACACGCAGGUAUCGAGGUGUACACUACGCGGCCCGACACCUUAUUUGGUGCUCAGUAUCUCGCGCUUGCAUCCACUCAUCCCAUUGUUGAGUCACUUGCCAAGGCAGAUCCGGAACUUCAGGCUUUCCUAGAUACUAUCCCCGGACUGCCGCCAGACUCCAAGGUUGGAUACCUCCUGCCUCAUAUCCGUGCCGUCAAUCCCUUGGCGUACCACGAGCAGACUCCGGAUGCGACUAAAGAGUCGAUCCCCGUGUACGAGCAUCGGUAUGAUGAGCCAGUCCGAGUAGUCCUCGCGGCAUCAGAGGACGAGUCCACUACCGCCAUACCGAAUGAGCCCUUUACCGGCCACGGUGUCAUGACUGAGGCUAGCGGCCCGUUCAAGGGCAAACUAUCCGCGGAGGCAGGCAAGAUGCUUAUUGGCAUCUUGGAGGCGGCCAAACUGGCUUCCCCUGUCGAAAAAUGGAAGCUUAGGGAUUGGCUCAUCAGCCGACAAAGGUACUGGGGCACGCCGAUCCCUAUUGUUCACUGCGGAAGCUGUGGUGCGGUUCCUGUCCCCGACGACCAGCUCCCCGUCGAACUUCCGCAAGUCGACAAUCAUUGGAAAGAAGGGAAACCUGGAAAUCCCUUGGAGAGCGCAAAGGAAUGGAUAUCUACUAGUUGCCCCAAGUGUGGCGAGUCCGCGAAAAGAGACACCGACACGAUGGACACGUUUGUGGACUCGAGUUGGUAUUUCGCCCGCUUCGCCGACCCCCACAACAAGGACCAGCUCUUUUCCCAGGAAGCGGCUCAAAAGUAUUUGCCCGUCGGAACUUAUAUUGGCGGUAUCGAACAUGCCAUCCUGCACCUGCUCUACGCCCGGUUCAUCUACAAGUUCCUCAGCACAACCACCCUUUUCCCUAACCCGCAGGAACCGUCCGAGACCACUGCCGAGCCGUUCACCCGACUCAUCACACAGGGAAUGGUGCAGGGCCGAACGUACUCCAAUCCCGACACUGGGAAAUUCCUUACACCCGAUGAGCUCGAUGUGUCGGACCCGCAAACGCCCAAAGUCAAAUCGACGGGGGCCAAAGCAGUCAUGACGUACGAGAAGAUGUCUAAAUCGAAACACAACGGCGUUGACCCGACAGGCUUCAUUGCCAAGUACGGUGCCGACGCCACCCGGGCGCACAUCCUCUUCCAAGCCCCCGUGAGUGAGGACUUCAUCGAGGAGCAGCUUGGGAAAACGGGGUCGAUGAGCGCCGAUGAGCUCGCGCAGUGGGAUGUGGACGCCCGCGUUUGGCGCGAAGUCCAAAAGACAAUUCAAUCCGUAACGACUUCUUAUACGGACAUCUACGGACUCAACACGGUGGUUUCGGAUUUGAUGAGCUUGACCAACACCCUUUUGGAGCACCAAGCCAGUCCUGCCAUUCAGCGCCCGGCUAUCUCAGCCUUGGUGAGAAUGUUGGCCCCGAUUGCGCCCGCAUUUUCAGAGGAGUGCUGGAGCAUUCUGGGGUCCCUCAAGGAUGAUGCCCUCAAGGAGUGGAUUGUUACGGAAAUUCUCAAGACGGCAGAAGGCAAGGCAAAGUUGAACGAGGGGGCUUUUGAUAUUCGGGCGGCAAAGAGGGUCAUUGUCGUCCGUGGAGGGCCCUCCAACGCACCGUCGCAAGCCCGCGCCCGGGUCCCCGCACCGCCGCCGCCGACGACGACGACGACGGCCGGCGUCCGGCGGAACCUCUUCCAAAGCCAACUGACGCGCCGGCCGACGCCGUCCUCGGCCUCGACCUCGACCGAAACGUUGCGGCUCGAUAGCUGCGUAGACGUGCUCUCUGACUCGGAUGAGAUUGUUAUCCGGGACAAGCAGGAUGAGCUAGAGGCGGGCGGGGAGGACCCCAUUGCGUUGGCGAUGGAAGACGAGGGGGAAGGUGACGAGGGGCAAUAUGUGGACGAGAAGGAGGAGAUGGAGAAGGAGAAGAAAAGACUCGCGAAUGCAGUGAGGCUCUACCAAAUGAAUCAGCCCAUGCUGCCUGAAGACGCCGAGGGUGAGUAG